GGGAAGAGAAGAGGAAAGCUGCAGACCAGAGCAGGAGCCCACCGUCGUGCCACUACAUCCCUCUGUUGGUCCCUCCAACUCCUACUUCUCCUCUGCACGGAGCUCCUGCAACUACAGGCUGGAUCCAGAGAGCAAAAUGCUGGAGAAGAUUCAGAAGGCGCUCACCAUUCGUAGCAGCACCAUCAGGGAGCUGCUGGCAGAAGCACUGGGGAUGUUCAUCCUCAUGGUCUUUGGCUUGUCUUCUGUGGCACAAGUGGUAUUAGGAAGAGGAGGCUUUGGUCAGCAUCUGAGCAUCAAUUUGGGAUUUGGCAUUGGUGUUACCUUGGGCAUCCAUGCGGCUGGAGGAAUCUCUGGAGCGCAUCUGAAUGCUGCCAUCACCCUCACACACUGCAUUUUAGGAAACCUCCCCUGGAGAAAGCUCCCAGCUUAUGUGAUCGGCCAGUUCCUGGGCUCCUUUAUGGCAGCAGCUACCGUCUUUGGCCUCUAUUAUGAUGCUCUGUAUGACUACACCAAAGGGAACUUUACAGUGACAGGACCAACUGCCACAGCGUCAAUCUUUGCCACUUACCCUGCUCCCUACGUAUCCUUCCUGGGGAGCUUCUUCACAGAGUUUACAGCAACAGUGAUGCUGCUCCUGGGCAUUCUGAUCAUUCACGAUGAGAAAAACAACGGAGCCCUGAAAGGCACACAGGCCCUGCUCACGGGUAUCCUGGUCCUGGGCAUCGGCCUGGGGAUGGGGAUGAACACAGGCUACGCCAUAAACCCCUCCCGGGACCUGCCCCCCAGGGUCUUCACGGCAAUGGCUGGCUGGGGAAUGGAUGUCUUCACGGCUGGGCAUUACUGGUGGUGGAUCCCACUCACAGCUCCAGUUCUGGGAAGUCUUGCUGGUGUUUUAAUCCACAAACUCUUCAUUGAUUUUCACAACCAACCUGUCCCGGAAAGCGGAAAUGAGAAAGGACAUCCAGUGGUGGAGACUUCUACGCUGUGAUGGACACGUGCCAUCACAGGAAAGGGCCCAACGGCAAAGCCUAGUAUGGACUGACAGCCAAAGGGUAACCAAGUGGAUAAGGGUACACGCAAUGGUGCUGCUGGAGCACACUGUUUCUCCACCCUGCAGGUGGAGAAAUGAGGUACUCGUCUUCAGUAAACCUACGCUGUUUUACCAGACAAACCAGGUCUCUGUGACACUGGACAGACCUGGGUAGGGCCAGACCUCUCUGUAACCCAAAGAUAUUAUUCAGUCUCCCUGUGUAAAAAUACACACACACACAUACACACACACACACAAAAAUCAUCACACUCUGGAUAAAAGUAAAGUGGAGCUGCAAGACUCCAGACACCUGGAUGUUCACAGAAAUCAAAAUACAGGAUCCAAUAGUAGCAGAAACAACUUAAUUAAUUAAAAAAAAUUUAACCUAAAAAAUUUUUCGGUAAGAGGUAGAUACUACACUGAUGGAAAAGGGCCUAGGCUUGUUUCCAUUUGCUAAUCUGCCACCCUAACAAAUGCCUUGUUUGGCAGAGUACAGAAUAGAGAAGAGCAAGUACAGUCCAAAAUAGAAACCUGAACCUGUUUGUUGUUUUUUUUUUUUUUUUUUUUUCUUUAUGCUUGGUUUUGUUUUUUGCUUUUUGAUCUGAACAUUCAGGAAACACCAAAACAUUAGUAAACUAACCCGCAGGGUAUCCUGAACUCUGGUACGGCUCUGCUGGAACACAUUGGCAUUAUGGAAACAUGUGUGUAACUGACAGGCUAGACUUUAACUACCACCGUAUGAAAGGAUUCAGACAACUUCCAUGGCACCAUCCCCAAAUGCUCAAACAAAAAAAAAAAACCAAAACACAACCCCCUUUUCUCCACUCUGAAUCCAUGAGGAAUGUGGGAAGAGGCUGCCCUCCUGCAGGAAUUCUGCCACCUCCAUCCAAAUAAGGAAGUGGGCCUGCAACAGCCUCACAAGUUUGAGAUAUCAUUGGAUUAAAAGUAAAACAGUAUCAGAAGGUGCCUGUUCCCAAGGGGGUGACAACCACCUUAACUUUUCUGGAAAGUACUUAUGCAAGUACGAUAUGUAUGUCAAGCAUGUGACUGCAGUCCUAGGGCUGGGUACCAUGAACACACAACACGGGGAUAUCCAAUAAUAGGAAGUGACAGAACAUCACUACUGCACAGAAUUACAUAGAAAAUGGCAUUUACUGUCUUUAAUGAUCAUUCACAUUUUGCUAUUAAAAGGAUUACUAAUGUAUUACUGUGGCAUGGGAUGGGGUGGCAUGUAAUGACAUCGCUGCUUCUUCAUUAGAGCUGACCUAUAUUAAUAGAGCAGCUACAGCAGAUCUUCACUCGGCACAAGACGCACAUUGGCUUAAGAGGGCUGAAGAGUAUUAGAGUAUUUUCUCUCAUUUGGUGGUGGCAGAGGGCUGAUGCCAAGCAAUGCAGCUGUGCUGGAGGGUGGGCCCUGGGCAGUGCUGGAAGCCAGCAAAGCAUGCCAGAGCUGGGACUGAUGGCUGCAGAGAUUCUGAACAGUGAGUGCAGGACAGAAGUGAUACAGCUGAGUCUUCUGGUCUAUGUGAACUUAACUGGGAACUUUAGAAUAGCUCAUGAUGGGAUUAUAUAAAAGACACUGUAACCCAUCCU